GCAUAGGUAGUCUCGCGUAGGUUUCAGAGCAGAAUGUUAGUGCGGGCGCACGAGUACUGCCGACGUGUUGGAAGUGAACGCGUUUUGUUUCUUUUAUCUUAUCGUAUAUAGUUUUAUCACUGCGUAAAUAGUGGUAGUAGAGUUUUACGUUUACCAUUGCUCAGAUAAUUUCGUUUAUCGAAAAUUAAGACGCGAACGAAUCUAGGGAAAUGUCAAAGAAUGCGAAGAGAAAGGAGAGAAGCUCGAUCGCCUGAAGUGUGAGAUUCGCGUCCGUGUGCGUGGUAUGUGUGCGCGCGUUGUCUCGUGCGUGAGUGUAUCAGCGUUCCGUGCUUUGUGAGUAGCUCUAAACUAUUUGGUGUCAGUGUGCGUGUCGUAGGUAUAUAUCGUGUGUAUACACCUUUUCAACGGUGGAAAGAGAAGAAACGAGGAGAGAGAUGAUGACAGUGGCAACGACUAACGGCCAGGUGGGUCUCUGACCCCGCUGGACAAUAAAACAGCUUCAUGUUUUAAAUAGUGUUCUAUGUGCAAGAUUAAAGCACUUCGAUCCGCGAAAAACACUCGAAUAGCCGAGGAAUCGUUUCACGGUCCCGUCUUGGACAAGUUUCAAGCGGAGAUAUCGGUUAAUUUUAGAAACUCUGAUGGAUCUGUUGGCACGACUUUGCCAUGAUUCACGUUCCGUUCACGGCUGAGCAGAGGGAACAUCGAACCGCUCUCCUUUGUCCGACAAUGAGGAACAUGGGAAUCUAGGUCCAGCCCGACGAUCCAUGGAUCGGAACUGAGAAAGCAUGGAAACGUGACGUUCGUGUUGGUUAGUGCAAAAAACCGGAAACUGGAUGCGUUCGCUAUCGGAUUUCGAAGCGAUGACUCAGUACUACAGAACAGUCGUGUCAAUUUAUAGUUUUCCUGUUCUUUUUUCUUUAUUGUUCUUGGUGACCACGUGACUAAGUUGCGGCGACUCAAACGCGCCAGAGUUUCCAAUGACUGUCGUUUUCGCGGGAAUUAGAAAUUUUAUGUUAUUAGCUGUUGUGCGUAUUACUCUCGCGUGGUUUAUCGUUUGUUCUAUGUUUGUUUGUUAUUUAUCAAUUUUUCUAAGAAUGAUUUUUAUAAGAUAACAUUCACGUGCAAUUUGAAGUAGAUGUACUGGAGAAGAUGCAGCAUCCUAACCUAUAUCUUUGAUAUCAAUUACAUAAACGAAGGUGAAAAUUAUCGGACACCAGAAGGGGUAUGCAUGAAGCUGAUAAUCAAGAUGAAUCGAAAUUAUAAAACAUGAUUUAUUCCAACUGCUCAUUGCUAAUCACGUGACUCGGAAGCGGUGAUUCAACCGUGCAGAAGUGCUUCGCGCUGAGCUGUCUUUAUUAUCUAAGUAACUAUCGUUGGUAGAAUGUACGAAGCAAAUGUUGAUAGUUCUUCGAGUCAGUGUUCAACGCCUCGUCGGGAUCUCGAAAAUGAGGAAUCGUCUUCGGAUGUUGCGACGGGACCGAAGCAUGUGGCGCAGCUUCUACGUUCCUGGAUCCUUCGGUUAAAAACGAGCGGCGAGACAGAAAGAUAUCCAUACGAGAUGGAGGAGAAACCGAUACCGAAACCUAGAUCGGUGAUGACCGAGCGACCGGUGCCAGCGCCGAGGAGGAAGUUGCCACCUUCGAUGCCAACAGCUCGAUUCAGCAGUCACAGCGAUUCCAGUCAAUCGGAGAAAAGCGACGACUCGAAAUCGACGUCGGAAUCAAGGAGUACGAACAAUGAAUUUUUUCGAAAUCUGAGCAGUAGCUCCCGACAACUGAAAGACGAGAUUUCGGAGAAGAUGACGAUGAAGGGCCGUGCGGUAAUUUCCAGCACGAGGAACGCUAGUAUUAGAUUGGAGAAGUCGGUGAAGAAUCUUCUAACGAGACGGUUAACUUCGUUGAAUCAGGACGAUCUUUUAAGGGAUAAUUCCGGUGGUAAUAAGAAGUUCAAAGAUCCUGUAGAGGAUGAGAGAUGCGUCUCGAUGCCGGCUGAUGAUAUUUUCAGUAGCAUCUCGUUCUACAGUCCCUUGAACAGUAAUCUGAGAAGCGUCAGAAAUGAGGAGGAUCUUUCCGGGACGCGUCACAGUCCACCACCUCCUGCAUAUCCUCCUCCACAUCCUGACGAGUCUAUCUACGACGAACUGCAGUCCGUCACGUCAGGCAGCAGUCGAUACGACACGAUCAGCUCGACCAUCUCUGACAAAGUCGACAGGGACUUCCCCGAAUCGUUUGAUCUACUUAGUUUCGUGCUCAAUCAGGCCAGUGAUUCCGAUCAGAGCUUGAACCUUUCCGACGUAAACGUGACACUACCGUUAGACAAAUCGGAUAAAGCGAAGAGAUUAUCCAGAUCCGAUUCCUGGACGUUCUACGACACCGCGCCAGUUGGGAAAUCCGAGGGGCUCGACGAGCUGGACAGGAUAUCCAGCGCAGAGGAGGACAUCCUGGACAAAGAAGUGCCUCUGCUCGAUCGAACGUCCGACGCGUCAAAUGGAAGCCAAGCAUCCAUUCAAAAUUCUCUGUAUGAAAAUCUGUCGCCGCAAAAGGCACAAGAAGAGAAAGAAACAACGUCGAACAGUCCAGAAAAUAGACAACAGAGUAGUAAAUCUUUAUUGUUCGAGUUUGACCCGUUCGCGAGAACUUCUGAUGAAAACGUGUAUAGCAACUUUGAAAAUAACGAUUUAAUGUUACUGGAGACUUUAUUGGCCACCAACGAUUCGCCGAGCAGUUCUGGCAGUAUUCUGGACUUUCAGGAAGCAGUCGAUAACGAGGAGGAACAAGAUGACGUGGAGGAAGAGGAUACCGAGCAGAUCUCGUCAGUGCCACCAGAACCACCGAAAAGAUUCGACUCCUUGCCGAAAAACGAGUACGACGAGGUCGCAGAGAUCCUUCCAGAACCGGAUAAAAGUGCUACGGGGAAAAAUCCGGCUCUGUUGCCGAAAUUAGCGCAUCUAGUGACUCGGAAGCAACCCGCUGUUCCCCCUAGGAAAUCGACAGCGAAGAAUCGCUCGAGCGAGGCAUCCUCUCCUACUUCUGCGACAGCUAAAUCCGUGGCUACUACGACUAGCGAUAGUUCAGUCACGAGUACGACGAGCAGCACGACAACGACGACGACGACGACGACGACGACGACGACGGUCGCUGACGAAUCUUCGUGUCCUUCGGGCGGUAAGGCCACGGAGGAGCACAGACGCGUGGGCGUGAUCCAGAAAUUGAAAAAAUUGCGGCAUGAGUCCACGGGGCACGGGAUCAGACCGAACGUGAUGAGUUUCGUGAAGAGCGGCAGUAAAUUGCUGUCCAGAAGUCGUGACCACAGUGGCGUUGUGCCAAGCACGAAAUCGACGAAAUUGGAGAGACCAAGGGUGAACGAUCUGCUAAAUGUGACGACGCACCGUGGAAUCGUUUACAGGACCGGUGUAGGAAUAGAAAGAGCGAAGGACCUGGUGCAAAGGGCAGCGAUCUUAGCUGACCAGAAGCUCUCGUUCUACACAGAUAAGGGCAUGUCUACUCUGAAGGAGAUCGUUCACCUCGACACAGUGUACAGCAUUCAUCUCCUCCAGGACUUUAAGAUAGUUGAUGGAGAGACUGUACAUUGCAUAGCAAUUAGCGUUGAGGGAAGACCGAGCGUUCACGUGUUCUACGCGAAGGGUACCACGGAACGAAGGAUUUGGGCUCAAAGAAUACUAGAGGCUAUUACUACGGUUUUUCCCACGAAAUACACGGCUGAAUUGACGAGAGUAGGAUGGGCCUAUUUGAAGGAAGGCGUAACAGGUACAUGGUUUCCAGCUUGGGUUCUCCUGUAUCAACGAACAUUGAUUUAUACGAAAUCUCUGGAUCCUACCACGGCCAUAACUUUUGGAGAACUCGACCUUCGGAAGGCACGAUGUAUCGUUUUACGGGAACAGGAAGGACCUAAUGCAAGUGCAGGAUCAGUUCCGGUGGUGGUCGUCGACGCAGGUGGUAGCGGCGCACUACAUAUGGCUACACCAGGAACUCACGAAGGAUCCGCAUGGAGACACGCACUUUAUCAAGCUGCCACUACCUGUGGCCCCGCUUUAGAGCAGCAACAACUCACGCAAGAUAACGUGCCUGUGAUUCUCGACAAAUGCAUUAAUUUCAUUUAUGCUCAUGGUAUCAUGUCGAAGGGCAUUUAUCGACAAAACGGAUCCAAUAGUGCAGUGGUUAAGUUAUUGAAAGCCUUUCGUCGCGACGCAUGGGCGACGCAAAUUACGAGGAGCGCAUAUACGGAACACGAUGUCGCCACAGUUCUCAGAAGGUUUCUCCGUGAUUUACCGAAUCCAUUGUUUCCACCUAACAUUCACGAUCGGCUUUGUCUUACCGCAGAGACCGUCAACGAUAACGAACAAGUGUCAGCGUAUAGGAAAUUAUUGUCCACGUUGACUCCAGUACCAGCGGCGACGCUCAGAAGAAUUCUUGCUCACCUUUACUGUCUGAGUCAACAGAGUUCCAAGAACCUGAUGACCGGCGAGAAUCUUUCCGCAAUCUGGGGACCGACGUUAAUGCACGCUGACGAAAGCAGCGCGGAAGAAUGGAACAGAUCCGAGACUAGGGUGAUCGGUGACCUGAUCAAACUCUAUCCAAAGUUAUAUCAGUUAACAGCUGCGGAUAUGGCGAAAGAGGCAAAAAUUCUGGAAAUUCUAGAGAAACAUCACGGUUCGAAUAAUGGUUUACGCGGUGCACCAUCGGGUGAUCUGAAAAUUUGGAUAUAUAUUUUCUCAAGGGACGGGGAAUGCAUCAAUGUGACCAUUGGACCACAAAAGACUGCGUUCGACGUGUGUCAAGAACUGGCGGAAAAGACUAACAUGUCAGCUCAUGAAUUGUGUCUGGAGGAAUAUACAUUGUCUGGUGCACUGGAAAGACCACUGCAUCAUAAAGAGCGUGUCCUCGAGGCAGUGGCAAGGUGGGGAUACUGGGACCCCGAGGAUAGAAAGGACAAUGUCCUCAUACUUAAGAAGGAUCGACUAUACAAGGAUAUAGCACCACUGAUGAAACCACCGAUGACAACGUCUGGUGAACUUAAAUUUGCUGACACAAAAUCGAAAAAUUUUAAGAACUACCUCUUCGAAUUUAGUCAAGCGAAACUUUAUUGUUACAAAGACAGAGUGUGCGCGAAUGUAUUAUACGAGUGGAAGAUAGAAGACAUCAUUUGGUAUUUAGGUCACGAGCCAAAGCGAAAUCCACAGACUGGAUGGUCUAUAACAUUCAUAGCUAAGAAUAAAAAGCCAACAAGGUGUAAAGAAAGUCCGUACUUUGGAAAUACUUUAGCAGGAUCGUUAAAAGAGGAACAGCAUAAAUGGGUAGCAGCUAUGGUCUUUGGAGAAUAUCAACUAAAUGUUCGACCUCCCUCGGUCAAUCUCAUGGAUCCGUGAACAAUUAACUUAUUUUGUUAAGCUACGCUACUUAGUGCCUUCGAAAAGCAAUUAUUGUUGUAUCAUAUAUAAAUUCCUUCGUCAUGAAUUCAGUGCCUGUGCUUGCCUUAAUGCAAAAGACAAUCUUCAAUAUUUUUAGAUGAUGAUCUAUGUAUCUAUAUCAUGAUAAAUAAAUGAAUAUAGUACUGAAAAAAUAUGUUACAGCAUUCCGAAGGUAUAAAUAUUCCGAUCGGUGUUCAUUAAAUUAAAAUAAUUUAAAAUAUAUUGUACAUUUACACGGGACUUUAUAAAACACUUUUGUACGUAAUUGUAUUUUAUGCAAAUAUUGUCAAUCAUGUAAUAUAACAAAUUGAUUAUACAUGUAAUUUUGUCAUUUUUAUUUUUAAAUAAAGAAGCAAGAUGAAUCUCCAUUUA